GCGGCGGGGCGUCCCCUUCCUGCCCGCCGAUGCCCGGUGCGGCGGGCGGGCGGCGGGGCGGCCCGCGGGGGCUGCUGGCGCUGGGGGCCGUGCUGGGCUGGCUGGCGGCGCUGCACCUGCUGCUGGACCUCUGGGUGCUGGUGCUGCUCUGCGGGGCGCUGGCGGCGCUGGGCGGCUGGCUGGGGCCCCGUGCCCUGGCGGGCGGCGGGUGCCGGCUGCGCCUGGAGCGCUUCGUGGCCCUGCAGCCGCCGCCGCGCAGCGCCGAGGCCGAGCGGCAGCUGGAGCGGGAGAUCGCCGGCACCAUCCGCAAGGUCGUCCGCGACUUCGUCUCCUCCUGGUACCGCGCCGUCAGCGGCGGGCGGGCCUUCGAGGCCGAGGUGGAGAAGGCCAUGGCGGGCCUGGCGGCCGAGCUCCGGCGGCGGAUGGAGCGGGUGGACCGCCGGGCCCUGGCCCGUCGCCUGCUGCUGCUCUGCGGCCGCCACCUGCAGAGCUACCUGGGGGCCCGGCAGGCGCUGCGGGGCACCGCCGCGGGCGGCCCGCAGCUGUGGCGCGAGUACGGGCGGCUGGCGGGGCCGCACCCGGCGCUGCGCAGCCCCGAGGCCGAGGUGGGCUACGCCCGGGCCGCCGUGGAGCGGCUGCUGCGGGCCCUGGUGCCCCGGCCCCACCUGGAGACGCGGACGGGCCGCUUCGUGGUGGUGGAGCUGGUCACCUGCAACGUCCUCCUGCCCGCCCUCCACAAGAUGGCCGACCCCGACUCCAUCAACCUGCUGCUGGUGGCGGCUUUCUCCAAGGCGGGCGGGAAGAGACGCCGGGGAGCAGAGCCGGCCACCUCCGGCCCACUCGCCCCGCGGCCCGAUUCCUCGCACCCCGCGGCCCCGGGGGAGGCCGUUGCCGAUGGGCCUCCUCCCUCCCCGCGGGGCCCCGAGCUCCCCGGAGGCGAGGCGGGGGAGGCCUGCGAGCGCGGCGCCCUGGAGAAGGAGGAUGAGGAGGACACGGUGAGCGGAGAGAGCCGCGCUGAGGCGAGGAAGGGCGGAGGCACACCAGUGCGGCCCCUCCGGCCCCCCGCGCUGGGCUCCCUGUUCCCCUGUGAGGACUUGGCGCCGCCGUCUCCCAUCUCCGAGCCGGGCAAGGACACGGAGCUGCCAGCGCCCUUGUUGGUGGAGGAGCUCCUCGCCGACCCACCGCAGGACGUCGUCGUGGUGGCGGAGGCGCCGGGCGGCUCAGAGGAUGGGGACCCGGAGGAGGGCACGGCCUCCGGCGUGGGCUUGGGCCUGCCUCCCCCCUCUGCAGCUGCGCAGGGCCCCUGCCCCGACAUCUACGUCGACCUGGCGGUGGAGGAGGAAGAGGGCUCGGCCUCCCCCGCCGCCCGCCUGGCCGUGCCCAGGAAGCCCUUCGCGCAGAGACCCUCCUGCCUGGGGAGGGAGCUGGGGGUGUCGGAGAUGGCGGCGCAGAGCCCCCUGGACCCCGGCCAGCCGCUGCCCCUGCUCUCCUCUUCCCCCACGGCCCCCGUCAACACCUUCAGCUUUGAGCCCCUCAGCAGCCCCGAGGGGCCGGUGGUCAUCCAGAACCUGCGGAUAACCGGUACCAUCACCGCCCGAGAGCACAGCGGCACCGGCUUCCACCCCUACACCCUCUACACCGUCAAGUACGAGACGGCCCUGGAGGGCGAGGGUGCUGGCAGCCUUCAGCAAAUGGCCUACCACACCGUGAACCGCCGGUACCGGGAGUUCCUGAACCUCCAGACCAGGCUGGAGGAGAAACCGGAGCUCCGCAAGUUCCUGAAAAAUAUCAAAGGCCCAAAGAAACUGUUCCCUGAUCUACCAUUUGGAAACAUGGACAGCGAUAAGGUGGAAGCCAGAAAAAGUCUCCUAGAGUCUUUCUUGAAGCAAUUGUGCGCAGUCCCUGAGAUCGCAAACAGCGAGGAGGUGCAGGAGUUCCUCGCCCUGAACACCGAUGCCAGGAUCGCGUUCGUCAAGAAGCCCUUCGUUGUCUCCAGGAUAGACAAGAUAGUUGUCAAUGCCAUCGUGGACACCUUGAAGACGGCGUUCCCCAGGUCGGAGCCCCAGAGCCCCACGGAGGAUCUCAGCGAGUCAGAAGUAGAUGGAAAAUCUCAGACAGAUGGGAAGAAGGCUAACAAGUCCAGACUGAGGUUCCCAUCCAGUAAAAUCACUCCGGUGCUGAGUGCGGGUGAAGCACACGACAGGAUUCUGUACUCCCUCAGAGAGGGCAGCACUGUCUCCGGCACCCUGUCGCUGGCUGGUAUGGAGUCCUUCAUCCAGAAGCAGGAGAAGCUGCUGGAGGCAGUGCCCAGCGCUGCCCCUGACGGCGAGGGAGGCAGAGAAGCCAAGGAAUUCUGCGUGCACCAGGAAACAGAUGUGCUGGGCCCAUCUCAACAGGGGAUGCAUCCGGACACGGGCGCUGACUCUGAGACAGCUUUGGCUGACCUGGCCCUGGACUUGCUGCGUCUGCUUCUGAUGGAUCACUGGAGCUGGCUAUGCACGGAGAACAUGCAGAAGGUCUUCGACCUGCUUUUCGGGACCCUCAUUCAAAGGUGGCUGGAAGUCCAGGUGGUUAACCUGACCUGCACCCAGCGUUGGGUCCAGUACCUCCAGUUGCUGCAGGAAUCCAUCUGGCCUGGAGGAGUUUUACCAGCGCUGCCUAAACCAGUCAGGACGCAGGAGCAGAAGAAAGCGGCAGCAGAGCAGGCCUUGCAGAGCUUGAUGGGACUCUUACCUGAAGUGAUCCAAGAAAUCCUGGGAACUAGUAAAUGUCGCCUGAGCUGGAACCUGGUACUGGAGUCAUUGGGUCAGCCGGUCAUAAACAGGCACCUGGUUUUCUGCCUCUUGGACAUUCUGCUGGAGUUCUUGGUUCUGAAGGACUCCAGCGAUGAGCUCGAGACAACAGCUGUUGCGCCGUCUGCCUCUAGCAGCCUGGAGAAAGCAGGCCUGUCAGCACAUUAACUGGGGCUGGUGUAGCCAACAGCGAAGGAGAGGAGAAGCUAGGAUGAUUCAUCUCUCUUUUCAGCACUUGCUGAACCUGUCUGGGAGCUUCUUGUAAAGAAUUUCUCCAGCUAGUGCUAAAUGAGGUUUCUUCCAGGCUUCUCUGUUUUGCCUGUGCGAUAGAUUAAAGCCAGUGUCCAUGGCUGGAGAUGUUUUUCUGCCGUAUGGUGUCUGUUCUAUUGCUGACAUGAUGGAGAGCCUGGAUGGAAGAUGCCUGACUUCUGCUGAGCUGGACAGUCUGAGAAGGACAUGCUGCCUGGCCACAAACCUCCUUUGGAUGUAGUUUCGUGUCCCAUGUGUCUGAACACCCCAAAGAGAUGAAAGUUGAUGGCACGUAAGCUUUGCUGCUGUGGCCUCGAGCUCCAUCUGGCACUGAGGUACAGAGAUGCGAUAUGACAGUAUCUUCCUGGCAGAUGUUUCUCCAGGACAGGUGAAGAGGACCAAAUGCUGUCCUUGCUUCCUCUAAGCAGCCUGCCCUGUGCCUGUCUCAUUCCCUCUGUUUUACCAGAAGCAAAGCAAGGGAAAAAAAUGGAGCACGAUGAUUUGAUGAUAGCCUAAAGUCAGAGUCAGGAGCCCAUCCUCCUACCCAACUACCUGGCAAGUCCAAAGGGAUGCAGGGAUCAAAGCUGCCAUCCUGCCUUAGGGACACGGAUGAGCUGCCUCCUGCUGCCACCACUCCAGCGUGGUCUUGUUCUGGUAUUUUAUACUGCCUAAACAGAGGGAGGCAAGUCGGGUAAACUGUGGUCUGGAAAACAGGACUGUCCCCAGGCUUAAAGAGGAACAGUGGCUUAGCUGGACCUAAGAAUUGCCCUGUAUUUUGCCUGCUGAGCCAUGUUUUAGUCCCAGAGGCUCUCACUUGGAAGGCAUGGCAGAAAAUGAGCUGGCCCAUGUGUGACGCUUGGCAAGUAAAUCUGCUCCCAUGCAAAAGUGCUUGUCGCAGCAAGCUCUUGGAGAGCAGUGAUCACCUCAGAGCCCGUGGGGGAUAUUGGACACAUCUCAUGGGCAGCCUGUGUGUUGGACCACCACAACUGGUUUAAAAGCAUCCCCUUAAUUCUGCUGUUGAUUGCUAUCUCACCACGCUUUUGUUUGCUACACGUACUGUUACAACAGUUGUGUGCAGAGUGCUCUGGAAAGCUUGUAAGGUCACGCCAUCCAGUGCAGAAUGGCACAUCUGUCUGACAUCCAAGAACAUCCAAGAUUUCAGUGGUUUUGCGAGCUUACAUUGCCUAGCUGUCAAAUAUGUGGCAGAGCAGAGGGACAAGGAGAAUAUGCACCAACGAAUCUGUUUGUGUUACUCCCAGGAUACGGAUCGUCAAACUGACUGGCACUGGACUUUAUUGUUCAAGCGGAUACUGCUUCCCGGUGUUGCUGCAGGCGAAAGCACUUUAGAAGACCCAGAAAGAGAGAAAUGCGCAGGAUCACAGCUAGUUUUGAUGCUACGGUACCAAAUGGUGCAGUUCCUACAGCCUGCUGUUCUGCUGGGCUGGAGCUGGAUACUCUGCAGCACGUUUGGAGAGAAGGCUGUGCACCUCCAGCGUGUGUACUAUUGAGAGCACAGGCUCUGCUCUUUCAGAGGCAGCUGCUUAAUAAUUCACACGUGUGUGCUUCUUCACGCUUCUGGUGUUUGUGUGUAAUGUGUGGCAAAUAUUGGGAAGGAUUAGAUUACUGCCAGCGAGUAUAUUUUUAGGGAGCUCCAAGGACAUCCCAAGACCAGGCAGAAUCCAAUGAAAUGAAGGAAAGCAGUCUUUACUUUGGUUAUCAGAGCAGUUUCUCAACAGUGACUCUUCAGAGAGAGUGGACUUGCCUCCUGCUUGGAAAAGGAGAGAGCAUGUAUGUUGAGUAGCUUAAGAGCAGAUUAGGCAAAGUGCUGGAGAGUGUUUUAUAUGGGCUAAUCCCAACAAGGAGUAGGCUGGGAGGCAGAGCCCCCGAAUGUCCGUAGGCCCAACAUCCACACAGAGCCCCGCUUUACCCUCUCUUUUACUACCAGGCUCCUGUUUUCCUUCUUUUUCCUGUGACUUAAUUUAUUACAUCACUUGUCCUGACAGGACUGGGAGAGGCAGGAGGUAAAAGGAGCCAUCAGUUGGGGACAAUACACCAAAGCCCUGUAUUGUGGUUGGUGGCUUCCCAGAUGUUCUUGGUGUGCUUGCUUGCAAUUGCUUCCUCAUUGGCUUUAUGGUUUUGGAGGCCGGAGACUGUAGUCUCUCGUUGGUUAGGAAUAUCACUAAAAAGCUGUUUGCUGAGAAGGGUCAUUCAGAGAUGGACUGCACUGCCCGCUCCACCUGAGGUCAGAGGCCUAACCCAGGUGUUACGGACGCUGGAUGUGGCAUUGGAAGGAUGAGCUUCCACUUCUCAUUCUCCAGGAAGGCUCUAAUAGCCCUGCCUUUAACCCUGACCUGUGAUAUUACGCAAAUGACUCUAUUCAUUCCUCCUGAUGGAAAUAAUUUGUGAUUUCCGCUGGCGGGCUCCAAGGAGCAUAGCUUGAGAGCCGGCACUUAGCUGGAAUGCUGUGACAAUGAUUUGCAGUUGUACCAGACAAGCGCUUUGUGUGUGUACUCCUCUGGCCCUUUCAUGCAAGGACCUUGGAGCAUGCGUUUUGCAGGCUUCAGUUAACUUCCAGAACUUGCUCGCAUGGCAGAGUAGCAGCAUCUCUUCUGUGUUUAUGUUGGAGGAGCUGGGGCGGAGAGAUGAAGUGAGUUUACAAAGUGCAUGCACUUCAAGUCAGCGACAGUCAGGAGCAGACCCCAGCAGUUUGGAUUGAGAGAUCUUUGUUUUAAUCUCCAGAAUCCCCUUUCUUUUCUUAGAGCAAGGACAACAGAAACCAGGAUUCCCGGAGCCCUUUCUCAUGCUCUUACUGGCGAGGCUUCAAGCUCCCGUUCUCUCCUUCGUAGAUCUUAGGCCAUUCUCACAGCUGAGAACAAGCUGCCCAGGAACAGCAUAGGAACAAGUAGCCCCUCUCUGUAUCUUGUUGUUAAGGACUAUAAAACCCAUUAGAAGUUAAGAUUUUUUUUCCUUAUUGUCAGUUCUUUGCUCUGCUACAGUUUUGAGAUUAAAUUGAGCACAACGGUGGCAAAGGCCAACUUCUGCAUUCAGGUGGGCUGAAAGUUUAUUUCCUCUGGACUGUGACUGAAAGCAUUGCUUUGGUAAAACAAACAGAGCCCACAAAAAAGCUAACUCACUCUGUGUCUCUAAUACUCCCAGCAAGCUCCCUUUUCCACAGGAAUUUGUUCAGAAGGCUUGAGCCACCCCUUACUAAAGGAGGCUGGUGAGAGCAGCCAGAUAUGCAAGGCUUUUUGCUGAUGCAUUAUAUUUCAGACAUCAUAUUAGAUACAGAGCAACACGUGGUCCAGGUGGGCGUCCUGCCCUUGAGAAAGGGAGAGUCCCCGAGUUGCUUUGAAUGUGUGAAAUGAAUUGAAGCAGAGACCGGCGUGGUCUUGGGUGUACGUCCUAUUGGAGAUGUACGGUCUGCCUCCAGCCCAUCACCAGAUAACUGCUUGGCUUGGAGGAAAGCAUUUCAUUUCUCUCCGCCUCAGUUUUCCUUGGCAUUAGCAGUGUCUGCUUAUGUGGUUGUGCGGCACUGAGCACAGUGUUACAGAGCUUCAGGACACCACUAUAAGCUAAAUAACGGUUGCUGUACUGAGCCAGAGCUUGUUUUUCAAUUUUCAGGAAAAAAGAGUGUAACCUUGUGCUGACUCCCUGUCAUCUUUCCUGUAUUCAAACCUCUGUGUCAGGUAUUUGUGGGUCCCGCUUUUCAAAUUUGUGUGGAGCAGUGCUGUCCUGAGAACCUGUUUUGUCGUCAAUGGGGAACAAACUGGUGCUCCAAAGUACUCAUGACUUCUGCUCUGACUGUGUACAAUAAUACCCCAUCUCAAACAUCAUUCUGCAUUUGGAUUUCAAAUUGACCCUUGCCAAGAAACUACCUGCCAGAGAGCCCAUACAAAGAAAAGAGCAAGCAGGGGAGAGGCGAGAAAGCCCGGGUUGGAGUGGGAAGCAGGGGGUUAGCUCCUUCAUCAGCAGCGCUUGGAGGAAAAUCCAUGCUUAUAGUGGAAUCCAGGACCUUUCAGUAGCGUGGAACAGCCGGCUUCAGUACUGCUCUCUGGCUAGAAAACCUGACGCUGGUUAGUGGUGGUCACAGCCUGCCCGGAAGAGAAAUAGCUUAAAGGGCAGGUUGUCAUUUUCCCGAGUGUUAAUGGUGUCCCAGGAUGCAGGGCUGGUGGCAGUGGGUCUGGGACAGUGGUUUGACCUGCACGUGGGAGGCAAUAGCGGGAGUGGCAGCAACUGCAGUUAAGGGGGGGUUAGCUGUUAAGACAGGCAUCUUCAGAGCCCAGGCUUGCAGCUGGGUCAGAGAGAGGGACAGUUCUCCUGUCUCUGGUGCCAUCAGCAUUGCUUCUCUCUCUGAUAAGCCAGCUUCUUGAUUUAGGAUUUCCAGUGAGCGUGGAAACAGAGAAGCAAUUUGGAGCGCUUCUGGAAGAAAGUGAAAGACGCCCAGAUAUGCAUGGUCGUGCAGACCUGCCGCCUCAUUCCUUGAGCUCUGCUGUUUAGGAAGUUCGCCUUGAUAUCAGUCCUGCAGGAGGAAAGCUGGUAAGCUAUAAGGAAACAGGAGAGAAUGUCUCAAAAAGAAAAAAUUCCAUGUGAAAGUUGAAAUAUUAUGUUGGGGGGAAAAAAAAGAGGAGGAGGAAGAACUUUAUACAAUGAAUGCUUGGGUCAUGUAUUAUUCUAGAUUAGCUCUGCCACAGAAAGAUCCUGAACGCCCUAUGAAAUCCAUUACCUACAAGCCAGUGAACAUUUGUAUCGCACAUGAUGCAGGGAUCAUAGCUGAAGCCAAGUUCCCCUCUAUAAUAUCCACCCCAGGGUAGAUUGGUCCCUUUCCAGUGUCAACAGCCGGAGGAUUAAGCAUUUAUCUCUGCAGAACAGUGGGUAAUUAAUACCAGGUCGAACUAGGGUACACUCGAGAGAACUUGCUUGUGACUGUAGUUGUGACUGAGUGUGGCUUUACUCCUGCAGGCGAGCUGGGGGAGUGGGACAGGGUUUAGCGUGUACCACGCGGGCAGGCGUUGUCUCUCUGAUGCCUGAUGCUCUGCUACGAGGCACGCUUCCUGACGCGGCUGAGUAUGAGCUCUCUCGUUAAGGCCCCAGGCGGUAGGCAGGAGGGCCAAGCACUCAUCAGGAAACCUUUCCUUCCAGCAAAGCUUUGGAAGAAUAGAAUCAAGAUGCUGUGAUUUGCCAUAUUUUGGACUUAAAUGUAAAAUCCAGGUUUUGGCACUUCAGGCUUUCUUGAAAUAAAUUAAUGUCAAUAUCCUG